AUGUCUGCCAAGCUGGACAAGUCUCUCGACGAGAUCCUCGUCAACCGUCGUCAAAACGCUCGUCGUCGCAGUCGUCGUCCGGCCGCUUCAAAGCCUGGCAGUGCUGCUGUUCCAGUUGGAGGAGUGAAGAAGAAUAAGCCCGCCAAACCCGUUGCAAAGGGGGUUCAGGGUGGACACCCGGUUGCAACAGAAAGCAAGAUCAUGGUCAGCGGCUUGCCCUCUGAUGUGAAUGAGGCCAAUAUCAAGGAAUACUUCUCAAAAUCCGCAGGUCCCGUCAAGCGAGUGAUGCUCACUUACAACCAGAACGGCACCAGCCGGGGUAUUGCUUCGAUUGUCUUCAGCAAACCCGACACAGCCGCCAAAGCUGCCAAAGAGUUGAAUGGCCUUCUCGUGGAUGGAAGACCCAUGAAGAUUGAAGUAGUGGUUGACGCUUCCCACGCUCCGAGCGUGCCAGCACCCAAGCCUCUUGGAGAGCGCGUCGCUCAAGUCAAGUCUCAGCCCAAGCCUGCCACCGCCGCCAAGGCCGCCAACACCGCUCGGGGCCGUGGCGCCCGCCGUGGCCGCCGUGGUGGUGCCCGUAGCUCGAACCGUCCUAAGCCGAAGAGUGUCGAAGAGCUUGAUGCCGAGAUGGUUGACUACUUUGCCAGCAACGAGAAUGCUGGUCCCGCAGAUGCCACUGCCCCUGCCGCUACCAACGGCGCUGUUCAGCAGCCUGCUACCGGUGGUGAGGAUCUUGGAAUGGCCGAGAUUUCUGUAAGCUUCCCUGGUUCUUCUAUGCUCUCCAAAUGUACAGACACUGACCUGUCGUGCAGUAAAUGCUUCAUGAUGGAUCUCUUUUUUUUUUUUCUCGAGGAGUGGCAGGUCACUCCUAUUGACUGA